UACACGUGUCCUGACGUUAACAAAGGCGUCAGCAUUUUGCACUUCAAAGCGAAAUAUAUAAGCUUUGUUGAAUAUUUAAGACUGUUAUUAAAUUACAUAUAUUUAAAAAUUAAAAUUACAAGAACAGGAUAGUUUACUGAGUAAUAAAAUAGUAUUAUUUACAUUAUCACGACUUCGUUAAGUAUAAGGAAAAAUGUCUAAGAGAUUGCAGCCAUCCUGGACUCCUCCAGAGCCUAAGAAAGAUCCUCCACUAAAACUUUACAAUAGUCUAACAAGGCAGAAGGAAGAAUUUAUUCCACAAUAUAGAAACAGAGUGUUGUGGUACAGCUGUGGACCAACUGUUUACGAUGCAUCACAUAUGGGCCAUGCAAGAUCUUACAUUUCCUUUGACAUCUUGCGAAGAGUAUUAUCAGACUAUUUCAAUUAUGAAGUGUUAUAUGUUAUGAAUAUAACUGAUAUUGAUGAUAAAAUUAUCAAAAGAGCCAGGCAGAAUUACUUAUAUGAUAAUUAUGUUAGUGAAAAUCAAAGUCUUGAUCAAAUAUUGACAGAUGCUAAAGAUGUUAUCAGUAAUUUUCAAGAUACUGUCAAAAAAACUACGGAUUCUGAUAAAAGAAAUAUGUAUGAAAAGAUAUUAGUCAAAGUGAAGGAUACACUACAGAAACUUGAAGGUGCUGUAAAAGCAAAUAAUGAAGCGCAAAUUAAAAUAUUCCAAGAGGUUUUGCUCAAAGAAGCAAGAGAUCCAUUGUCAGACUGGCUCGAUAAGAGGAAAGGUGAUACAGUGACUGAACAUUCUAUUUUUAGCAAGUUGUCUCAGUACUGGGAAAAUGAAUUCCAUUCAGAUAUGGAUGCUCUUAAUGUCUUAAGGCCAAGUGUUCUUACCAGGGUUAGUGAAUACAUACCAGAGAUAAUAACUUUUAUUGAAAAAAUCAUAGCAAAUGGUCUAGCUUAUAAGAGCAAGGAAUCUGUAUAUUUUGAUGUAAAGGCAUUUGAUAAGAAUGAAAAACAUUUUUAUGCUAAGCUAAUUCCUGAAGCAUAUGGCGAUACUUCAUCACUUCAAGAUGGAGAAGGUGACCUGAGCAUAUCAGCUGAGCAGCUGUCCGAAAAACGUUCACCAACGGAUUUUGCUUUAUGGAAAAGCUCCAAAAGCGGUGAACCAUGGUGGGAUUCACCAUGGGGUAAAGGCCGUCCAGGUUGGCAUAUCGAAUGUUCCGUUAUGGCUUCAGCUAUUUGUGGCGAAAGUCUCGACAUUCACACAGGUGGUGUCGAUCUAAAAUUUCCUCAUCACGAUAAUGAACUUGCCCAAGCCGAGGCCUAUUUCAAACAUUCACACUGGGUUAGGUACUUUUUGCACUCCGGUCAUCUGACGAUUUCAGGUUGCAAAAUGUCCAAAUCGCUGAAAAAUUUCAUUACUAUUAAGGAAGCAUUGAAAAAGAAUACUGCAAGACAAUUGAGGCUUGCAUUUUUGUUUCACUCAUGGAAAGAUACAUUAGAUUACAGUGAUGCAACGAUGGAGAUGGCGGUUCAAUACGAGAAGUUUUUGAACGAGUUCUUUUUAAAUGUUAAGUGCAGAAUCAGGAAAAUAGGUAGUGGCGGCACGACUAUUCAUACUUUUAACAAGUGGGAUAGUAAAGAAUUUGAUUUAAAUAAUAACUUUUUCAAAGUUAAGGAUGAUAUUCAUGAGGCGUUGUGUGAUAAUAUAGACACAAGAUCUGUUCUUGAUAUCAUCAGAGAACUAGUAUCUAAUAGUAAUAUCUACAUGAAAGAUUGUGCAAAUCCCAAUAUUCUUCUGCUUCGAGAUAUUGCUGUGUACAUUACCAAGAUACUUGCGAUAUUUGGAGCCAUUCCGACCCAUCACGCUAUUGGUUUUCCUCUUGAUGAUGAGUCACAAAGCAUUAAUAUUGAAGAAACAGUUAUGCCUUAUCUUGAAAUCCUCUCUGACUUCCGCGACAAAGUCCGAAGUAACGCGAGAACGUUAAAAGCUACAGAAAUUCUAAAAGAGUGCGACAAUUUGCGGGACGAAGUGUUGCCAAACGUAGGUGUACGUCUCGAGGAUGAAGAAUGUACCGGCUCGCGAGUAAAGUUUGUCAAUAAGGUGGAACUGUUGAAGGAACGUGAGCAGAAGAAACGAUUGGAAGCUGAAAAGAUGGCCGAGAAGGAUAGGAAAAAAGCAGAGGCUGAUGCUGUUGCUGCAGUAAAGGAAGCUCAGAAAAAAAUUCUGCCCAAAGAGAUGUUCAAAGCUGAAACAGAUAAAUAUUCGAAGUUCAAUGAAAACGGUCUUCCAACACAUGAUAUUGAAGGGAAAGAGAUUAGUAAAGGUCAAUUGAAGAAACUGCAAAAGUUGCAGCAAGCUCAGGAGAAACGGUACGCUCAAUAUUUAGCCAGUGUAGAAAAUAGUACACAAAAUUAAAAUAUAUUUGUGAAAGCCACAAAUGGUAUAAAAAAUUAUUUAUUUAUUUAUUUCAAAUUUUCUGUUCUAAUUAAUUAUUUUACACGUUUGAUAUUUGUAUUAACAAUAAUACAUCCAUUUCCAUUACAUAUAUAUAUGCAUAAUAUAAUUUAUGAAAAAGAACUGUCGUUAAUCGGUUGUAAAUUGAUCCACUUGUAGGUCAUGGAACUGUGCUUUAAUUUGUUUUAUUUAAUUUCGACUUUAAACAUGUAAAAAUUAAUUUGUUUAUGUUUUAUAACUGUUUUAUAAAUGACCUCUUUUUCGUAAUAAAAAGCAA